AUGAAAUUUUUAAAUUUUUUCGUUUUUCUCGCUUUCGUCGGCGUCAUCAUCGGCGUGUCAAGUGAUUGCACUGAAAAGGAUUAUGUUGAUACCCUUAAGAUCGGGUACGGCAUUGGUGCAAAUCAUAAUAUCCUGUUGACCGCAGGUGCAUGUAUUCCUGGUGUUCAUUUUGCUUUAGUUAGUACUCUGGCGACUAUAGGUGCAUGUAUUCCUUUUGUUGGUAUUCCUGCCGUGGUUGCUGGAAUAUUAAGUUCAACGGUAAAAAUGACUCAUGUCAUUAAUGUAUCGACUUGUUUGCGGAAUAAGGUUUCCUCCUUACCAAAUGAAUGUCGUGUGCCAAUGACUUCCAUAGCUGCUGCUACUGGAGUUAUACAGACGACCACCGCCAGUCUUGAAGCUUUGUCCGUGAUUCCACUUGCUGGAUGUUUGCUUUUAACUCCAAAACUAGCAUUAAUGAAGAGUAAUGCCGUUGCAAUCGAUAAGUAUGCCGACCAGUGGAAGGAACGGAACUGUCAUAUUUAUAUGCCAUCUGGUUGUUCAUGUGAUUUAUUUUAA